UAUCGCGGAAUCGGCCCGUUCGUCCUUCCCCGCCCGAAGCGGCGUCUUCCCCCGUUCUCCCUUCCUCCGGCGCCGUUCGCGGCAGCGAAACGCGGGUCGAGACCGCGUCGAAAUCUCUCCGCGCGCUUGCAACUGUAGUUUAAGCAGUGUAGCGAGUGCAGUUGCCGUGUAACCCUUCGGUAGAUAGAGAGUGAGGGAUUGCAUACAUCGCACCCAAGAACCGAAAGCGGAGGACGUCAUCCACAGACCCCGACGACAGGCAUCGGGCCCGUCGAACGGCCGUCGCGGGGGCGUCUGCUCGGGGACGCAGACCGGCGAACUUGUGUGCAUUGUAGAAGAACCCGCGCAUUGCAACUGUGCCCGUAUAAGCGCAGAGGAUUCUUAGAUCAGAAACGGCAGCAACAUGGCAGACACGACCGUGGCUGCUGCGGCAGCGGCCGCGGCCGCAGCGUCGACUGCCAAGUCCUUCUGCAUCGAAGCCCUGCUCGCGCGAGACUCGGGCCGAGCGACUCCGGCGUCCAAGUCGCCCGGCAGUUGCUCCGAAGGAGACGCCGCUAGCCCGCCGCCGCCCAACGUUCCGGCCUCGGUGGCGGCCGUGGUUGCCUCGCAGGCUGCCGGAAGACUCUUCGGAGCUUUUCCGGGCUACCAUCCCGCGCUUCAGGGGGGACAUCCGCUGUACGGACUGCAGGCCGCCGGUGGGGGUCUGCCCGCCGGUGCCCUGCCCGGACUGUUACCCGGAAGUGCGUUUCACCCGACAUUGGCAGAACACGGCAUCAAGUCACAUGUGUCCUUAGACUGGUUGGCCAGGACUGCGGGCUUUUACCAGCGACCGGGUGAUGUCAUGUCAGGCCAGCCGCAGGCGGCACUGUUGGGCAAGACGCGGCGUCCGCGGACGGCGUUCACUAGCCAGCAGCUGCUGGAGCUGGAGAACCAGUUUCGCAUGAACAAGUACCUUUCCAGGCCCAAGAGGUUCGAGGUGGCCACAAACCUCAUGCUCACUGAGACACAGGUGAAAAUCUGGUUCCAGAACCGGCGCAUGAAAUGGAAGCGCAGCAAGAAGGCGCAGCAGGAGGCCAAGGCGCGAGCUGCCGACAAAGGAGGCGACCAGUGUCGGCAGAGCCCGGCACCGUCCACGGGCAGUGCCACUUCCCAGCCGCCCCCGUCGCAACAGGCGCAGCAGCAGCAGCAAGCGCCGCACCGACACCCGCAGCCUCCACAGCACCGACUACCCCUGAACAGCGGCGUCGAGUACCCGGACUCGCCGGUGGCGCGAGACCUCCAUCUGAGACUCCAGCAGCCGCACCAGCAUCACCAUCAGCAGGACAGUGAGAGUGUGUCGUCGCGCGGGGCCAACAGCGACGCCGAGCCGGACGUGGCUUUGUCACCGGGACUGGCGGACUCCAAUAUGGCGCUGUCGCUGUGUUCCCAGCCCACGGGGCGUAGCACAGACCUCAUCUACCGACCUUACGUGGUGUGACGCUAGGCCUCCCGCGGCGAGGAACGUGGAGCGCAUCGCCGUUAAGCAUGACACGCAAAGGCCCACGGGCUACGAACGAUGGCAUCGCGAUCUCGCAGGGCGCCGCCAUGUUUGAAAACACAGGUGGCGCCACCUAUCGCAAAUGGGACGAGACUUUGGUUAUGGGCUACGACGCAACGAGAUACAUUGUAGUGCACAUGUAACUCUAAAUUGCUGAGUCUAUUAAGUCAAUGAAUGUUCGCCCAAGCGCAUUGUCCACGACAACUGCCUGCGAAGUGUCACGAAACGCCGUAAGGCGUUGCUGACCGAAAAAUUUCCAGCGCUUGAGUGAGGUGGAGUCCCUGGAGUCACUCCAGCCGUUUAACGUGGUUGCAAUAUUUGUCUGGUCAAUACAGUGUACCAAACGCCGCUCAGUCGGUAAGACGUUCUCACCGUCAUGCUCGCGCACAAUUAUACGCUAUUUUACUAGUCGUGCGCCCUGCGUCGGCUGCUCCGGCCAGCCGAGGUUAAUGCCAUAUUUGUGUUCUUCCACCAUGCUGAAUGCUGCCUCGAUUCUAGUCGUCCCUACUUUCCCGGAUUCGUCAAACACAGCAGUGGCAUACAAUUUUUCAGAUUACACCGUAGUCGGUCUGCAAAAGUGCACGAGUCCGCACUGUCGCGAGGCGUUCAGGUCCGGAACUACUUUUCAACCAGUAUAGGGAUAUAAGGCAAUCUCUCCAAAUUCAUUCGCCUUACACUGAACAAUAGAUAUCACGCGAGGGUUACGUAAAGAAGAAAGACAGCUGUAUAACUUGCUCUUCCGACUCUACCAUUAGCUCGUUCGCGCUCAGAUAUUGCAUAGAAAUAUGAAAUCGCCGUGCGGUUUGUUUGUUACCUUAAUUGCUGGGGUGCAUUAUUUUCGUGCUUAAUCAAAAAUAUGUGAGAAGUGUUUGUCUUCUGUGGAGAUAUCAGACAAAGGAGACAUAGAUAUAUAAAUGUUUGCAGCAGCUAGACGUUGGCGCCAUCUGUUAGUUCACUCUUAUCGCAAAACACAGUGCGAUCUGUUUCCCAUAUGAAAUAUGGCGCUAUGUUCUCUACGGUGAAGUGAACGCUUUUUUCCGGUCUAGAAUGUGGCAAAGACUACGCGUAUUUCAAAAUUACCUUGCAGCUAACGAGAAACUACUGAACAUAAAUCUAGUGCAGUCGACUCCCGUUAAUUCAACCUUUGUGGGACGGCCGCAUUGGGUUGAAUUAUCCGAAAGGUUGAAUUAUCAAACGAUUAUAAAAUAAACGAAUUUAUAUCUUAUUUAUAGCUUCAAGUGGUCUGUCCGUGUCCGCGGACUAGUUGAAUGUAGUAUUACAGUAACAAUCCCUGUCGUCGUCGGUCAGGAGCCCACAGACGUCAGCACUGUUGGCGGUGCUGACAGAAUCCCCAAAUGAGACAUCAUGCAGGGCGCCCCGCAAGUCAUCAUUGUUGCAGGACUGGUUGCUGCCGUCGCCUUCGUCACCUAGGGAAGCAGUAGCGCCGUCUGCGGAAAUUCUUGCGUUUUCUAGCUUUUAAUGGCAGCUACCGCGCAUGGUGGGGCGUCGGGGGAUGGGAUCGCAUUAACCGGAGCGGCUUACUUUCGCGUUCGAACUAAACGAGUUUUUCUUCCAAAGCAAUGGAUGCUUUUAUUUUUGGGCACUUUUUCAGUGCGUUCGAAUUAGGUGACAAGUCGAACUACUCACGG